GGAGUCUACGGACUACUUUAUUUUAUUUUACACAUCGUCUUCUCCAAGAAAAAGCUUGGUGGGCACAAGCCUGUCGGGUCAACCCUGAAACCAGACUCUAAUCGCACUCAACCUGCGCUUUCUGUACUCGAUCAUCUUCUUGAAUCAAUCUCCGUCGACUUCGUCGUCGUCUUCCAUGUCUGCUCCUCUCCCCUAUUUCCACGCCCUCACCUUCUGCGGGGUCCUAUCCGAAUCUAAGCGCAUCAUCAAUGCUCACUCCCGCCAUUUUCUAGCCCUCUCCGUCUUCUUCCUCCUGCCCCUCUCUUUCUCCCUCAUCAUCUACCCCACUCUCCACGACGCCCUCUAUCAUCCGGGCUCCAUCUCCUUCUACACCAGCAAAUUCCUCGUGUCCGACCCGACCCGGAAAUACACCGAUGGAGACGCUCGGUUCUUUAUCCUACCUCUCGUCUACGUCCUCUUUGUUUUCCUUACUCACCUAUUCGCCGUGUCCACCGUCUCCUACAGCACAUUUCACGGCUUUUAUGGUAGACCAGUGAAGCUCAUUUCUUCUUUCAAGUCACUUUUGUACUCUUUCUUGCCCAUGAUUUCGACCGUCAUAGUUUCCAAACUAAUCCUUUGUUCGAUUGUUGUGCUCUUUGGUCUUGUUUGGUUCUUUAUAUUGAAAGGCCUUGAAUUGCUAGGAGUUGAAGUUGAUUAUGACUCCAAUUACUUCUAUUCGGUGGUGAUUCUCUAUGCUGUAGUGGUUGGAUAUGUCUUGUUAUCUCUACAUGUUAAUUGGAUACUUGCUCCAGUGACGGCAGUGGUUGAAUCCAGAUGGGGGUAUGGGCCAUUAAGGAGAAGUUCGGAUUUGGUGAAGGGAAUGAAAGGGGUAGCAUUGUCAAUAUUGCUAUUUUUCAACCUCCUUAUCGUAUUCCUGGUGGCCAGCUGCUCUACUUUCUUGCUCCAGGUGGGGGUAACCGGUGGACGGUGGAGUUGGGCAGUUAUUUUGCAGAUGGUGAUCAGUUCUAGCCUUGCUACUGUUCUUAUGUUGCAGAGCAUUGCUGCAAUUGUGGUUCUGUUUAUGUACUGCAAAGCAUUGCAUGGGGAGCUUCCCUUUGAGAUUGCAGAGGGGUUUGCAGGUGAUUAUGUGAGUUUGCCUUUCGAUGAGGAGAAGCUUCCCUAUGUUGUUUAUGUUGCCUGAGGUGAGCAUGUAUUUCUUCUACGUAAUAUGUUAUGUCAUUUGAAAAGGUACUCUAAAGCAUUUUGAGAAUAAGCAAGUAAUACUAUCACCAGAUAGAGUUGUGUGUUAAUUUAAAAGUAAAGGGUUGUAAACUUGUAAUACGUAGUAACUAAUAAGGCUAUAUAGGAGUACAUGUCUUCGGUACAUGGUUUAUGAUUAUUUUCUUGCUGUUACUGUUACAGAAAGCAUGCUAUUGGUUGAUCUAUGAUCUCCAUCUUCCC